AGAACUCUGAAGGGCAGGGGCAGACUGACCAUUCGGGCACUGCCCGAGGGCCCGGGGUCAGUAGGGAGCUCCAUGAGAUGCCCCUGGUACCUUUCACAAGCUUUUUUGGGUGUGGUUUGAGUUUGGACAAGGACACAGGGGCCCCAUGAUCCCCUAUUGCUCGGGGGCCCCAUGAGUUGUCAGUCCACCCCUGCUGGAGGAAGGAAACAGAACACGCCACGCUGCACCAGAUACUCCCACCAGGCCACACAUGGAGAGCCGCAGGGAAGCACUGCCCAAAUCUUUCACUAU